AAUCGACUUAUCUGACAUCUACAAAGGUGGAUCAGCAUCCUGUGAAAACACACAAGCAAAGCUUCUCCUGGGAUAAAUCAUCUGACAUCAGAUCCUUUCCAUUGUCUGUACUGUGUCUGCUGCCCUGGAAACCAUGCAAGGACUGGCACAGAGCACCACAGCAGUGGUUCCUGGAGGAACUCAGCCCUCGGAGCCAUCUGUUAUAAAAUCACAAAGGUGGAACGAGAACAAAGAGAAGUUCUUGAAGGGGGAACCCAAAGUCUUAGGGGUGGUACAAGUUAUGAUUGCUCUCAUAAACCUCAGCUUAGGAGUAAUAGUAAUGAAAACUAUGGGUUUUGGAUCACUCAUUUCAGUUGCCUUACAAGCCCCAAUUUGGGGACCAGUAAUGUUCAUUGUCUCCGGAUCCCUGUCAAUUGCAGCAGGAGUGAAAACGACAAAGAGCCUGGUCAUCAGCAGUCUAAGUCUGAACACUAUCAGCUCUGUGUUGGCUGCAGCUGCAAGCAUAAUGGGUGUUGUCAGUGUGGUUUUGAGUACAUAUUCUUUCUUAUAUGGUAGCGAUCCAAUCACCAGGGCUUUGGAUGUUUUGAUGCUAAUUUUAAAUAUACUAGAAUUCUGCAUUGCUGUGUCCAUCUCUGCAUUUGGAUGUAAAGCUUCCUGUUGUAACUCUAGUGAGGUUCUUGUAGUGCUACCAUCAAAUCCUCCUGUGACAGUGAUGGCGCCCUCCAUACCACUUCAACCAUUGCUACCACCAGAGUGCCAAGGAAAAAAUGUUCCAGAAAAUGUAUACCCAGGAGAAAUAGUCUAAUUUUGAUGUGUGUGUGUGUGUGUGUGUGUGUGUGUGUGUGUGUGUGCGCAUGUGUGUGUGUAUGCAUUUCUCUAGGAAAUUAACACUUCAUUGUACUGAAUUUUGGAGGAAUAUCAGACAUGGUAUAAACAUGAAAGUCAAACAUUAUUAUGUCAACAAAACUUUAACAUCCUCUAUUCAUUGUAGGUACAAGGGGCAAUGCAUUGGCAAAGAAGUUUUGAAAGCAAAACUGAAAAAACAAAGACCUGUGUUAGUCAAAUGAGAUACCUUUGCAAAGAAUAAAGACUGGAGUUUACUUUU